AUGAAACAGGCCAUCGAGACCCGGUAUGUCAGUGAUAGCCAAGUCGCUGAUCCCGACUACCUAGAUAACUUCACCCGGAUCACAACCUACUGCACCCGGAUUGCCCCCGCUGACGUCACGGCUCAGGCUCACCUACGGGAAGGCACAAAGGUCUAUAUGUACCAGAUGACGCGUACACCAACCGUCUCUAUGUAUCAUGUCUUUUUCCUCGGCCCCAAGUGGUUGGGUGUCGUCCACGCGGACAGACCUGCCCACCGUCUUCGGCCAACGGUGCGGCUACGUGAGGGCUGGAUAAUAGGCGAGACCAAACCAUUUAAUACCGAUGUGGACUUCUUGAACGUCAGUACGCAGGUCGACAUUUACAAGAGUAUCCCGUACGCCGAACCCCCAACUGGCUUGAACAGGUUCAAGCCACCAAUCCGGAAGCGAGCAUGGGACGGAGUCUUGUCGUGUCUGAGCUUCAAGCCGGCGUGCAUGCAGACUUUCCCAUCCUUGAGCGGCAUCGACGAAGACUGUCUGUUCGUUCACGUCUACGUGCCUCACGAUCUGCCCGAUUAUGCCGACGUCAUGGUGUUUUUCCAUGGGGGAGCCUACGUGUUUGGCUCGGGGUCCAUGCCGGAGUACACAGGCUACCCUCUGGCGUCCGUCGGCGGAGUCAUCCUGGUUACCGUCAACUAUCGCCUGGGGCCCUUCGGAUUCAUGACAACCGGCAACAAUGACCUCCCAGCGAAUGUGGGUUUGCUGGAUCAAUUGAUGGCGCUAGAGUGGGUCCGAGACAACAUCAAGAGUUUUGGGGGCGAUCCUGACAAAGUGACCAUUUUCGGUGAGAGUGCAGGGGCUACCAGCGUGGGUCUACAUCUGCUCUCCAAGCGGAGUGUCGGUCUCUUCCGUAGAGUGAUUAUGCAGAGUGGUGUCCCCACGACCAUUUUCGCUUACCGUCGCGACGUAAAGGAAGUAAUUCAAGAAACGGGGCUCAUUGCGGCCUCUGUAGGCUGCUCCAACCACACUUCUUCUGAGAUGGUACUGUGCAUGAAAAGCGUCCCCGCCAGGGAACUACUGAUUAAGGCCUUCCAGGUGACCAUUUCUUUCCAACCUGUGGUGGAUGGUUUCUUCCUACGCGACCGGCCAGAGACUUUGCUCGUGAACGGCGACUUUCCUAACAAAGUCGAUGUUCUCCUGGGUACCUUAGCAGAUGAAGGCGCCACCUACGCCCUCGUGGUCGACAUGAGCGCCUACAACUCAGCGACACCUCCUCACAUGAACAGGACCAAGUUUCUUCAGGCGAUACCCAGAUACCUCGUCGAUGCCGACACGUCGGCCGUCUACCAAGCCCUGGACGCGGUCUAUGCCAACCCGGACCAGCUGCAAGACCCAGACGCCAACUACCUGGAGAACUUCGUCAGGAUAACCACCGAUCAGAGUUGGAUAGCACCUGCAGACUGGACGGCUAAGGCGCACCUGCAGGCUGGCUCCAACGUGUUCAUGUAUUACAUGACCCACCGGCCAACGGUGUCUGUCAUGGACGUGUUCAACCUCGGUCCUGGGUGGAUGGGAGCUGCCCACGCCGAGGAUCUCCCUUAUGUUUUCGGCAACGCCUGGGCUGAGGAGCUGUUUUACAAGACCAAGAUUCCUGAAGAUAGAGAAAAAGAACUCGCUGCCAAGGUCAUGACAUAUUGGGCAAACUUUGCUAAGACUGGAGAUCCUAAUGGCCCAGGCCUCCCUGCCUGGCCAAGAUACACGAUGCCUGACCAGCGAUACAAGGAGAUCUCGCUCGACCUGGGAAAUGGGCGAGGUCUGCGACAGAACCACUGCCACUUCUGGAAUGAGUACGUCCCUAGGCUCCUGACGUUGUUUGGUCCAGAUGAAAAAACGUUUACCGAUUACGAGUACGAGACCAAGCGGUGGAGAGAGAGCGACAUGCCGGCUUGGAUGGCCUCACUAAACGCACUUAAAUCAUGA